AACUGAUGAUUGACGAUGAUAUCGGAGGCUUGAGGUGGUCCAUAUGACGGCUGAAGUUGAGGUCCGAGUCUCAAAGGAUAUUAGUCUAGUGUUGCGCUAGUCGUGGAAAAUAGCCCAUUUCCGGCAAAACUACGCUCGCCGAAAAACAGUGAGAUUCCAUUUAAAAAAAAGCAACCGAUGCAUCUUUCACUUCGGUUCUUGCGCGGUUUGAUGAAGGUUGAUCCGGUAUUUUAAAUUCAAAUAUUAAUCAUGUCUGACUGGGAUUCUGAUAUGAAUAUAUCAGAAAUUGCUGCUCCAGUUGAACAAAGAGCGCCGCCUGAACGAAGUUGCCAAUCUAGAGCAAAUUAUUCUGCCAAAGGCCAAAGAAUGGGUCCUCAAUCUAACCAAUCCAAUGGAGCACGUACUCGCGAUGAACCUCGUGUAAAUGACAAAGUUAUAUCAAUUCCUUCAGCUAAAGUUGGGCAAGUGAUAGGUAGAGGUGGAUUUAAACUACGUGAUUUAGAAUACGGUAGUAAUGUUAAAAUAAAAAUUGGCAAUUCCACUGGAGAUAACACAGACAUCACACUAUUUGGAACUGAUUUUGCCAUAGCAAAAGUGGAAAAAAUGAUUAAAGAUCUUACUAUUGAUAGAAAAAAGUCAUCUACAAAACCAGAAGUAAACUCAUCUUCAGACGCUGCUGCUCAGGCCAGUUGGUCAAGUCCAACUACAUAUGUGAAUAGUGAAGGGAAAGGAACUAAUGCAAGAGUAUUAACCCAUUGUGACCAGGUACAAAAAGAAAAUUGGGUUAAAUUACCACCUGUUGUUAAAAACUUUUAUAAAGAGGAUCCAGUAAUUACUUUAAUGCCUCGAGAUAUGGUCACUUAUUGGCGCAGGUGUAUCUAUGACAUUGAUGUGAAACAUAGAGGAAAAAAUUUUAAAGUUAAAGAGAUACCAAAUGUAUUGUUUACAUUUGAGCAAGCAUUUAAAGAUUAUCCAGAAAUACUUGAUAAAAUGUAUAAGCAAGGGUUAACAAAACCUUUCCCAAUACAGAGCCAAGCUUGGCCUAUUUUACUAAAAGGAGAAGACAUGAUUGUUAUUGCACAAUCAGGAGCUGGAAAAACUUUAGCCUUCUUGUUGCCUGCUUUAAUUCAUGUUGGAGGGCAGCCUACACCCAGAGAAGAGAGACCAGGGCCGACUGCCCUUAUUGUAGCGCCUACAAAGCAAUUAGCUAUACAAAUUCAAAAAGAGGUUAACAAAUAUCACUACAAAGGCAUUACAAGUGUAUGUUGUGUACAUGGGGGAGCAGAUCGGCAGGAACAAAUUGAUAUUGUUUUAAAGGGAGUUGAUAUUGUUAUUACAACUCCUGGAAGAUUGAUUGAUUUGAUCAUAGCAGAACAUGUUAAUGUUCGCUACUUCUCUUACAUUGUACUGGAUGAGGUUGACCGAAUGCUAGAUAUGGGUUUUGGGCCUCAAAUCAACUUAUCUUUGAUAGACCUGAGACCUGAACAUCAAUUUGUUAUGACAUCUGUCACCUUGCCUUCUGCAGUAAGGCACCUAGCUGAUACUUACAUGCAUAAUCCUGUUUAUGUAAAUGUUGGUUCCAUCCAUUCCAAUAUAGCAGUGCAUACCAUCACUCAAAAAGUAAGAAUUAUUGAGCAAAAAGAGAAAUUCAGUUUACUUCGUCACUUUAUAUGUAAUAUGGGCUAUAAUAACAAAGUUUUAAUUUUCUGUGCCACAAAAACUAUAGCCUCCAAUGUUACAGCAGACUUAGCUUACAAUGGAUUUGACUGCAAGUCAUUACUUGGGGAUCAAGAUCAAAGUGAGUUUGAAGCAGCUUUAGAAGACACAAUGGAUGAUACAGUCAGUAUAUUAGUAGCCACAGAGGUUGCUGCGCAGGACAUUGACAUGAAAGAUUUAACCCAUGUUAUUAACUUUGAUUUUCCUCAGAAAAUUGAGGAGUAUGUUCAUAGAGUCGGGCUGAUGGGAAAAGCUGGGAGAAAAGGCAUUGUUAUAUCUAUAAUGACAAAAAAUGAUUCAGCAAACGCCAGCAAUUUGAUCGAUAUUUUGAAAGAAGAAAAACAAGAGGUUCCUUCUGAACUUCAAAACAUGGCUGAUUGUUAUAACAAGUCUAAAAGGGACACUAAACGAGGUCGACAUGGCCAAAGAGGAAGAAAACAAUAAUGGGAGAAUCCAUAAAAAUAUUUUUUUAUUUUCUGGCUGUGUAGAAUAUUGUUUUGUUUUAUAUUAUUUUUUUGUCACUUGUUACAUUGUUAAAGAUUAUCAAGUUAUUGCUCAUUUUGAAAUUUUAUGUGCCAUUUAAUCUGUAAUUAUUUAAAUAUUUGUUGUAUAAAGGGAGGAGUUUGAAAUGAUAUAUUAUUAGAAAGGGUCAUGCUAUGGCUAAUAUGAUCUCAUACAUUUCCAUUCCAUGUUAAAACUUAUAGUUAAGAAUUAUAGUUUUAAGGUCUAAAUUAUAAUUUACAAGUUUGUUUUUCCUUAUACUAGAAAAUAAGAGUGUCUGUUAUUUCUCUCUUAUCUGUUUAUGUGUAAAGAUUUGUUAUAAGAGGCUGUAGACUUUUGAAAUUAUGUCUCUAAUUAAAAGUGGAUAUAUGACAGAUAUAGAAUAAAGUUAUUUAAGUUUUCUAAAACUGGUAUUUUUAUGUUUAAAAAUCUUUUGAAAAGUAUGGACCAUCAAUUUUUGAUCUCGUUAAGUAUUUUACAAUGUUUAAUAAGAAAGUUUUGCGUAGUUUUAUUUAGAUAAAUUAUGAUUUAUUAAGAAAAACUGGAUUGACCGUUAGACUCUUUGAAUUUUGAUAUUUUUUAUAUAAUACUUUGAUAAAUUAAUAAGAUUGAUAGCUAUCAAUCUUCAGCUGAAGAUAUCAUAAACUACGUGGAAAUGGUCAAAUUUGAUAUUAACCAUCUAAACUGAAGUUGAACAAAUAAAGAGUAUUAGAUGUGGGGAGCAGUAUUUCAAAAAUAAAAAUUAAAUUAAGAAGUUAUUUCCAUUAUUUAAGUUUAUUGUAUUUAGUAAAGUUAAUAAUUAUUACAUACUGAAAUAGGAAAUUUAAAUAAAUUGAUGCCAGCAUCAAUGAGUUUUGACUCCUCAAAAUUCUUCUGCAAAUGCUACUGAAUCUUGAAUUGAAUUUUUUAUUUAAGAUAAUAUAAUGUAUAUUAAGGUAUAAUAAAACACAAAUAUGAAGGUAAAUAUUUAUU